UUAGAAAUUAACAGAAUCAAAUAGCAAUCGGGUAACAUGGGUUAGGACCCAGCCCAAAUAAAAAGCUGCUAACUGGUUUUGUGUCAGUGACAGUUUUAUUUUUUCUAAAACAAAAAUAAAAUUCUCAAAAAGGAAAAACCAAAAGUCAAUGGAAAAAGUGUGCGGAGUACGAUUCCCGCUUUAACUCUGUAAUUCAAUCCCGAAAGGGCGCCAACAAAUUCUGCUUCCUUCUCUAUUUAUUCAUUUCUCUCAUCUAUGCAGAUUAUCCGACCCGGACCGACCCGACCCGACCCGAAGCGAGUUGCAGCACCGAAAAAUGUUCGGCAGAAUCAGAGCAUCCACUUCGUCGCUCGACACCUUAGACGGUUCUCCGUCCAAGAUUCUCAAAGACGACACUUUCUCCUUCUACGAGGCUACUCUCAUGAAGCUAAUGCUUGGUGCGCGACGCGAUACGAGUGAGGUUACAAAUGAUUCUUCAGUUAAUUCACCUUCUGCGGAAGAAGCAAAUCUCAAGCCAGAUUUUAAUCCUGCAACAAGCACUUCUUGUUCCGAGACAACGAUGAUGGACACGGAGUCUGAUAACGAUAACUCUUCACCUAGGGUUACUGAUCACGUUUCUAGUGGGAGCUCGGAACAGCUAAAGCAGAGCAACGUUUCCAUUCUUCAUUUCUUCAAAGUUAAGGAUACCGGACAGGCCGGUGUGUCUUCUUCCGAAGAGGCAACAACGUCAAUGCGGAAUGGAAGUUCUGAAUCUAUCUCAUCAAUUUGUGUUGAAUCUGAUUGCAGAAGUGAAGUGGAAGGUGUUCAAAUUUUGCAAUAUUGUGAAAUGUCGGAUUAAAGGUUAUACAAAUAUUUAUUACUCCUACUGCUUCUAUCAGUUAAAUGCCAUGCUAAAUAUUUUUCUGUUGUGUUGUACUGUAUCUCACUCUGGUUACACUUGAGUGUGGACCAUGUAUUGUUAUAUUAGAUACACUGGUUUUUAUACCAAAGUUUGGUAAAUUAAGAGUGUGUUUCCAGUGAAUAAAUUAGAUGAAGUUGCAAAGUUAGAGUGAUUUUGUUGAUGAGUAAUCACUAAGUAUUUUUGUAAGCAUUCAUUGAACCAAUAAGCCUAUUCCAAUGAAUUCUCGGAACUUAA